CGCAGUGUUUCCUCCCCUCUCCGGCAGCAACGCACGCUCCCAUUGGUCCGCCGGCGCUCGGCCAAUGGGAGGCGGCGGUGCUGGGAGGUGCCGGCGUGUGAGGAGCAGCGCGGAGCGACCGCGACCAUGCUGCGGCGCCAGGCCCGGGAGCGCCGGGAGUACCUGCAGCGCCGGGCCCGGGAGCAGCAGCAGCAGCGGCAGCGGGAGCGCAAGGAGACCCUGCGGCGGGCGCUGGACGAGAAUCGGCUGCUGCCCACGGAGCUGCGGCACGAGGCGCUGGCCCUGCAGAAGGAGCUGGAGUUCGACUUCCAGGCACCGGGGGAGACCGGUGACAGCCAGGAUGACGAGUACAAGUGGGCGGGGCUGGAGCCCCCCAAGGUGAUGGUGACGACGUCACGUGACCCCAGCGCCCGCCUCAGGCUCUUUGCAAAGGAGCUGUGCCUGCUGCUGCCGGGCGCUCGCCGCAUGAACCGCGGCCGUGCCGAGCUGGGCGCGCUGGUGGCGGCGUGCCGGGCCGCGGGGGUCACCGACCUGCUGGUGCUGCACGAGACCCGCGGGCGCCCCGAUGGGCUGACCGUGUCCCACCUGCCCCACGGCCCCACUGCCCACUUCACGCUGAGCGGGGCCGUGCUGCGCCAGGAGGUCGGGGGGCUCGGGGGGGCCCCGCUGGCCGCCCCCCACCUGCUGCUGCUGCACCUGGACUCCACUCUGGGGAAAAGGGUCGGGACCAUCCUGAAGCACCUGUUCCCCGUUCCCCGUCCCGACAGCCGCCGCGUGGUGACCUUCGCCAACGAGGACGACGUCAUUUUAGUGCGGAACCACGUGUACCGGCGCCGGGGGCGGACGGUGGAGCUGGAGGAGGUGGGACCCCGCUUCCAGCUGAGGCCCUACCUGAUCCGCCUGGGGACCCUGGACCAGGGGGACGCGGCCGACGUGGAGUGGCGCUGGCACCCGUACACGGCCACGGCCCCCAAGCGCCGCCUGCUCAGCGCCACCUGAGCCCCCCCGGACCCCCCCGGAGACCCCCCCAGGUGGGGCCCACCUGCACCCCUGAGACCACCCCGGCAGCUGAGCCCCCUCUGGACUCCCCCAGGCACGGCUGGGUUUCUCACAACCAGUUUUUAUUUGUAAUAAAUCGUUUUUGUUUAUA